AUGGACUGCAGCUCUGAUGAGUCAUCAGAGCUAAGUGAGACUGAUAUUGAUGACUAUGCUGAGAAGUCAUACUUGGACCUGAAGGCUGGCAAGUUUGUGGCAAGGCUGGGCAGUGACAGGUUCAGGUGCCCAUUCUGUCCAGGGAAGAAGAAGCAGGACUACCGUUACAACGAGCUGCUUCAGCACGCUGUUGGGGUGGGCGCAUCCAACUGUGCUGCAAAGGUGAAGGCAAACCACCAGGCCCUGGCGAAACUUCUCAAAGAGGACCAUGCUGAUGCGGCAGCCACAUUGCCACCACGGCAGGCUAUUGCGCUAAGGGGUGGAGGCAUACUGAUGAAGCAGCUAGCUGAUUUCAAACCCGUGCAAGUUACUGCUGUGUAUGGUGACAAUGGGUAUACUGGCUACGCCAUUGUUCUUUUCACCAAGGAUUGGAUUGGGUUCAAGAACGCCUUUAGCAUUCCACAACUAUUUCAAGUCACAACACUUGGGGAAACUGGACUGAAGGAAGCAAAGCAACAUGUAAAGUAUGUGUUUGGAUGGCUGGCAAAAGAAGAGGAUUACAAAUCAGAUGACCCAGUUGGUAGGUUCUUGUCAUCAAAUGGUGACCUGAAGACAGUUUCUGAACUGGAACAAGAGAUGUCCAGCAAGACUGACAAUCUUAUAGCUAAUUUGACUCAACAGAUUACCGCUAAAAGCAAGUAUCUGCAGGAACUAGAGUGCAAGUGUAACCAAAUGAAUCUCUCCUUCAGAAAGUCAUGGAAGAAAGUGAUUUGCUGCACAAACGUUAUAAUGAAGAAUGCUGACCAAAACGAUUCCCUCAACAUGGCUAGAAUUGAGCAACAGAAAGCUGAUCAACGGGCGCUACAGCUUCUUGAGAAACAUAAGAAAGAUAAGGAGGACGCUCUGAACAAAAUCCUGCAGUUAGAAAGGCAGGUGGAUGAAAAGCAAAAGCUGGAGCUAGAUAUUGAACAACUUAAAGGCAAACUGGAGGUGGUGAAACACAUGGAAGGAGAGGGUGUUGAUGUGAAGAAACGUUCUGAGGAGCUGGCAGCAGAACUGAAUGAAAGAAUUGAAGAGAUGGAAGAUCUUGAAGCUCUCAAUCAAACUCUUGUUGUUAAAGAAAGGAUGACCAAUUAUGAGAUUCAAGAUGCAAAGAAAGAGUUGAUCACAGUCCUCGUGAGCAAUAUUGGAAUCAAGAGGAUGGGUGAACUGGAUGAGAAGCCCUUUGUUCUAUCUUGCAAGCAAAGGUAUGGAGAAGAUGCUGAAAUGAAAGCUGCUGAAUUUGUCUCCUUGUGGCAAGAGCAUCUGAAGGACCCUAAUUGGCAUCCUUUCAAGAUAGUGACCACAGGCUCAACUACAGAGCAAAUCCUCAAUGACAAGGAUGAGAAGCUGGUGGGCUUGAAGAAACAGCUUACGAGGAGGUCUACAAGGCUGUGA